GUAGUUGUGUUCGACUUCGAUAUUUUUGGCUACGAUGGUAAAACUCUUGAUCCCAUGUGCCGAAACCCAGCCAAUCCCCACUCUGUGUCUGAUGAGCUUCUAAGAUGGUACUUCCGCCAAUCAGUCCUCGCGAAUGUCAGAGGAGCAGGGGAACCGAUCUUCGAGAAUGACUUCCCUCCAGGGACCGAUAUGAUGCGUGGGAUCCUAGCUGGUCCCUAUGCACGAGAGAGAUUUGAGUUAGAGAUAGCCGCUAGGUUGGAG